AUGAGCAAUAAGCAGUUCAACAUUAUCUUUACCGAUGAGCAGAUCCUAGAGCACAAUGAGAGUGGUUCCAAACUUUGCUUUGGUGCUGGUGUUGGUCCCAGGCCUGACUUCAACGUGGUUGCCCACGCGGACAAAAUUACUAGUAACGUCACAGUCUCAUGGGUAGACAGGUUUAAAAUUUCCGCCACCAUGGACAAAUUUACAGACAGAGUUUCUAUGGCCAAGUUUAACAUUGUUACGGAUCCCGCAGACAUCAAGUUUGGCGAGGUCUAUACUCAACCCCCGACAUGGGUGAAUGGUAGAAUUUCGACUGCAACACUCCCGAAUAAUUCUUUCAAGUUCGUCAACGAUACUGAUAGGAGGGCCUCUGCAGUAGUCUUCAAGACUAUCAAUGGCAAGGAUUCGCCCUUCUACAUCAGCGCCUCGCCUAUAGACUCCAAAGCCAACGAACUUAUGACCCCCAGCUCUGUCGUUGCUCUCUGGUUCCAGAGGAAUGCCCAAGUUGGAACGAUGGUAUCGCUCAUGAAAGCAGAUAUCUCUAUUUUUGACCUAUCUUCUCGGAGUAGCGUCAACUUAAAAUGGAAUGGGGAUCACUUUGUCGAGAACAACUAA